CUGGCAUUUGCUACCUCAAAAAGGCUAUAAAGGCGGCUCAUUCAUCGGCGGUGUUCUCUUUAGGUUCCUCACCAGUGCUCUCUCCUUACUGAGGAUUUGGGCCAAGUAAAAGUCCCCCAAUUCGCCCAGCACCCAACGACUAAGCCACACACCAAGCAAGAUGAGCGGCCGACAGCUUCGCAGAGCCUCCUCCAGGCACUCCGGCAGGAGCCCUUACAACUAUGACCAUAUCGCGGAGUUCUUGGGAGCCUCUAGAGCCGGACCGACCAGCAACCCGACAUUUUCGCCGUCUGACGCGCUCUUCCGAUACCCCAUCAGCGCUCCCUCGUGGCCAUCGGGAGGUCAUGACACCUCCCGACGACUCCUCCCUUCCAGGGGAUCGUCAUCAUACUCCUCCUCCCGACAGCACCCCUCCACACCACAAGUAUCUUCAUCCUUGAGGCUGCCACCGUUGAGACCUCCCCACACCCCUUCGCCCGUUCACCGUCGACCACUUCCAGCGCACCGGCCCACGUCCGUCAGCCCUCUGAGUCCACGCUCUCCCCGAACCGAGACAGAUUCGGACCGCAUCCCAUCCCGGGCUCCUACGCCGCCGCCUGCUGCGCUGUCUCGGACAAACACGGCCUGGCUCUCGGGGCCGGUUGGGAGACUGCCGCCGCGGAGGUCUGAUGGAGGCUCUUAUGGGACUUACCGCUCCGAGAGAGACAGUGGGACAGGUUGGGUGCCGCCGCCUCGGAUUCGUGCACCGUACCCGGCUGCGUCUGGAUCGACUCGGGGACGAGCGCUGCCUGGGUCAAUUUCGUCGACAGCUGAACGGCGGCGGCGGCACCUUUAGGUACCAGGUAGUGUUGUCGCCGGAGUGGUGGUGGUCCAGAGUUUUUCUGUCUUGGAACGUAACCGCCCGGGCGCGUUGCUUUACCAUAGAAUAUGGAAUUAAAUACAAGAUGUGUAUUGUGUUGAAUACUUGGAAGUUGGCAGAUAUGAGCACAUUGUUGAUAGGAGUUGUCAGAGAAGUUGAAAGGCUGGGUGAGAAGCAGAAAGGUAGGUCGGCAGGUACCCACAAAUGGGGAACGAGUAGAAUGCACACCAGCAGGGAUGGAGGUCUCGUUCCUCGGCCGCGGCUGUGAUGGUCACACCACAGAUGUGCCACAGUCGAUGUCCUGUCGGGUUGCUUUUUGUUUGCGAU